GUAUAUAAUAGGUCAAAGGCGCCGGCCGCGCGCCGCAACAGGUACUAUUGCACCGUACCACUCUUUGGUACCAACAUACAGUGCCGCGACCAAAAGCUUUCAAGUCUUAUCAAAAUCGGUGAAAAAGACGGAACGCAAUGAACGGUUACGGGUACUCGAUUGUGAUAGGUGUCGCGUUUUUCGCGCAUCUCCUGGUUGCGCAUCCUGGUCUCAAAAAGAAUGAAGAAGAAGAUGACGAUAUUAAUCCUUAUAUGAACAAAUUAGUGAAAAACAGAACUAAAGAGGAGAUGGAAAAUGAGACAAGAGUGGAUUAUUGGAACUGGAACGCUUUACAGGCUGUCCAAGAAAGGUUAUUUAGGAAGUUAAAUGAAAAUACAGCUAAAAAUGUGAUAUUUUUCCUCGGCGAUGGGAUGUCUAUCCCAACUAUAGCAGCUACGAGGGUUUAUCUUGGUGGAGAGGAGGAACAACUUUCGUUUGAAAAAUUCCCCUAUUCAGCACUAUCAAAGACUUACUGUGUGGACCACCAAACAGCAGAUUCAGCAUGUUCGGCCACAGCUUACCUUGGAGGAGUGAAAGCCAACCUGGGUACCAUAGGAGUUUCGGCAGCAGUGGGCAAAAAGAACUGUUCUGCGAUGAACGUAGAAGAAAACCACGUUCACUCAAUCGCAAGAUUAUUUCAAUUAAAAGGAAAGAAAACGGGAUUUGUAACUACUACCAGAGUCACGCAUGCCUCGCCAGCAGGAGUAUAUGCUCACACUGCUUCAAGGAACUGGGAAAGUGACACCAACGUACUGAAAGCUAAGCUUGACCCAAAACAAUGUAGGGACAUUGCUUCUCAACUGGUGUUCGGGAAAACAGGGAAAAAUUUACAGGUCAUUCUUGGUGGCGGAAGAAAAAAAUUUCUUCCAAAAGAAGUGACAGACGAAGAAGGUAACACCGGAGAUCGUUCUGACGAUUUGAAUCUUAUCGAAGAAUGGAAGAAGCAGAAGAAAGAAAUGGGCGCGAAAUACGAAUACGUUUGGAACAGAAAACAACUGUUGAAUGUUAAAAAUGAUACAGAGUAUUUAUUAGGUCUAUUCGAGCCAGGACACAUGAAAUAUAAUUUGGAGCGUUCCAAGGAGACCGAGCCGUCCCUGGAAGAGAUGACCGAGGUGGCCAUCCGCGUCCUACAGCGUGACACCUCCUCCACCAGCAAUAGCUCCGCGCCUUCGGACAACGGCUUCUUCCUAUUCGUCGAGGGCGGGCGCAUUGACACCGCCCACCACUCGACAUUCGCCCACAAAGCGCUGGACGAAACAGCAGAAUUCGCGAAGGCGGUACAAAAGGCUGUGCAGAUGACCAAUGAGGAAGAUACGCUGAUCGUGGUGACUGCCGAUCAUGCGCAUACCAUGAGUUAUGCUGGAUAUGCGGGACGAGGUAGCGAAAUAUUUGGAUAUGCCGGCCAAGCAAGCGAUUCCAACCUUUACACAAUUCUGAACUACGCUAACGGACCUGGAUAUAGGCCCCUCAUGGCAACUGGAGAACGUUAUGUUCCAUCAGAAGAAGAAAUGAAUGAAGUAGGAUUCAAAUGGCCUUCAACAUCACCCCUGAACUCCGAGACCCACGGCGCUGAUGACGUAGCAGUAUUCGCAAAUGGCCCAUGGGCCCAUCUGUUUACUGGCACUAUGGAGGAAAACGUCAUUCCACAUCUGAUAGCUGCGGCGGCUUGUGUCAGUCCGCAGAUACCGUGUGCAAAUUUCAAAAAACAAUCAUAACCUAUUUUUCACAAUGCUUCAUCACGGCAAGACGUGUCAAAAAAUAACAGCUGGUUAUCUAGUGACAGUGAAAAUACCCCUUAUCGACCAAAGGCACACAACCGCGAUCGCUCUGCCAUUUCAUGUCGACGCAUAAUGAAAAAUGUUAUAAGCAAAAUAUAGCUGCUGAUGCUGAUGACUGUAUGUCAAGUUAGGUAUUUGAAACAUAUUUUAUUUGGCGUUUGAUGUAAAUAGUUCUAAAUACGGUCAUGUGUUUCACCAGAUUCAUUAUUGCCAAUAACACAGAGGAUGUAACUUGCUGAUCCGCUGUUCAUCUCAAUAAGACCUCAAAACGUGAUGAAGUAUCGUGAAAAAUAGAUUAUUUGAGAGUGAAGCAGCCAUCAUGGGACAAGACUUUUGACUUACUUUUUUUACCUCAUCACCGAUAAAGCCUACUCAUUGGCCGACUAUUGAAAUCUCAUACACUACACGACUUUACAAAAGUUAUUUAGUUAUUUUUAUCAACGCAAAAUUACAAAAAAUUCUUUUAUAAUAAUUGUUCGAAAAAUGUGUAAAUUAUGGUCAAAAAAAUGUCCAAGCUUAAUUAGAACUUAUUUUUUGUCAUUUUUGUGUUGUAACCUGAAGAAUCCUCAAAAGAAAGGAUAUGUUGUAAAGCAACAUUUUUGAAUUGCCAGUGUGUGUUAUAGAUGAAUAAAGAAUAUUUCUCUACUAA